ACACACACACACACACGUUUGUCCAGCUACUCUUCUCAGGUCUCUGCAUUGACGUUCAUUCAUUUGAACAGUCGAAACAAAGCCUUAUCACUAACCUUAACCAGUUAAUGACUAACCCUCACCUUAACCUAGCCACAAUUCAACCACUAACUUCCUCAUUCUAAUUCUUGGUUUGAACUUCAAGUUCAUCUUCACCAUGUCAUGUGAUGGAGAACAUUGAGUUGCUAUCAAACAGGUGUCUCUAAUGCCCAGUGAUUGUGCAGCAAAGUAGAGAGAGACAUAACAAGACACAGGUGACACACACACACACACACACACUCGUUGUCGUUGUUGCCCCUUGCUGAUUUAUUGUCUCUGUAAAUGAACAGUCAACACAGGAAGUGAAGUUAGUGAAGUGUGAAAACAGCAGACUCUGAUGUCAUGUUGAAACCACUUCUGCUUUGUGUGCUGAUGAAGAAACCCUGAGCUCUGUGUUUCAGUGCUGGAUCAUCAGAACCAGAAUGUCUCGUCCUCUGGCUCUGCUUGUGGUCGUCCUCGUCUCCGUCUGUGGACACUGGCGAUUGGCAGCCGCUGAUGUUGGGGACUUCACUCCUUGCCUGCAGUUCUUCUACAGGUCCUGGCCUCCUAAAGGUCUGAUAGGGACUCCGAUCUGCCAACGUUACGACAACCAGUAUCGGUUUGCCACGCUGUACAGUCGAGCGCGACGCUCUCCGUGGUUCUCGGCCUAUGUGUACACGGUGCCACAGGGAAAGAGGCCCUCGACGUUCUGGAAGUUUGAGCCACAGUUGGCUUACCCAGGAGCUGCUGGCAACAUGAUCCGGUUCCCCCCGGGCCCUCUGGACCAGAACGUGGUGGACAGCCAGGCGGUGGAGCCAGACUACAUUAACUCCACCUACUCUCGUGGUCACAUGAACCCGAGCCUUCACCACCGGACUCAUGAGGACCGCACAGCCACUUUCACCCUCACCAACGUUGUCCCGCAGAAAGCCGGCUCCAACGACGGGCCCUGGGAAAAGCUGGAGCAGACCGUCAACAAGUCCCUCGCAGCCUUCUGUCUCGGACAGGCGUACGUCGUGACCGGCGCCAUCCCGUACCAGAGCGAGGAGCACUGGCUGAAGAACCACCGCGUGGCUGUGCCAGAGUACAUGUGGUCGGCCUACUGCUGCCCCAAAUACAACAGCAGCCUUCCAGAGGAACUGAGAAACACCUUCCCGACUUACGCCGCCAUCGGCCGCAACGACUGCAACAGCAGCGAGGAAAUCGUACCCGUGAGUAAGACAGCGAAGAAAGAGUUCAGGGGUUACGACGUGAGGCGGAUGUCACUGGAAACGCUGGAGAUGUAUCUGAGGGACAGACUCAGUGCCGUGGUCAGUGUGUUUUACGAGCGAUGUUCUGGAUCACACUGAUCCUGCACAGAAUGUAGAACAGGGUUUCUCAAUCCUGGUCCUGGGGACCGACUGCCCUGCUCCAACACACCUGAUUCAAAUGGUCAGCUCAUCAUCCCAGAAUUCUUUUUGAAACUGUUAAUUCUGUGGUUGGUCACCCCCCCCCCAGCCAGCCAGUUGAAUCCUCCCCAGACAAAUCUGAAGAAUUUCAUAAUCACUUUUUUAACAAAAUAGUGGAGAUUCGGCAGAAUCUUAACACCGACUUCAGAGAGAUGGUAGUUGACUCCUGCGCACUCUCAACCUUAACCCACUUAAGUGAAAUCUCUCUGUCUACCCUAGAAAGUACUAUUGUCCGGUUUUUAAAAGCUGUUUUCCAGACGGUUGGUCCAGACCUCUUAGCCAUUAUCAACUGCUCUUUGUUUACUGGUACUUUCCCCUCCUAUUUUAAUCAUGGCACUGUUUACCCUCUUUAAAGAAAUCAUCUCUAGAUCCUUCUCUUUUAUGUAAUUUUAGACCAAUCUCAAAGCUGCCUUUUUUAUCCAAGAUUUUAGAAAAAAUAGUCUCCACUCAACUGAUUUCUCAUAUGAAUGACAAUCAUAUUUUUGAAAAAUACCAAUCUGGUUUCCACUCCUUUCAUAAUACUGAGACUGCACUGCUUAAGGUCGCCAAUGACUUAUUGCUUGCUGCCGCCUCAGGCCUCUAUUCAAUAUUAAUUCUCCUUGACCUCAGCUCAGCUUUUGACACAGUGGACCAUAAUGUCUUAAUCAGCCGUCUGAAAAAUGAUGUUGGUGUCAGUGAUGUGGCUCUGGAUUGGUUCAUCUCCUAUCUGUCCAACAGGUCAUUCUCUGUAAGGCUUGGAGAAGCCUCCUCUUCUUGUGGGGUCCCUCAGUGGUCUAUUUUGGGUCCCCUCCUAUUCACUGUUUACAUGUUAACCCUGGGGCAAAUCAUACGCAGACACAAUAUUGAUUUCCACUGUUAUGCAGAUGAUACGCAGCUGUAUGUUCCACUGCAGCCUGAUAUAAGUGAUGUUCCUCGUAUUUUCUCCUCCCUUGCUGAGAUAAAAAAUUGGAUUUCUGAAUAUUUUCUGCAGUUGAAUGACUCCAAAUCAGAAAUUGUUAUAGUUGUUAUGAGUCUCUCUGGCCCCAAAAGUAGUGACAUUACUUGUCUCUCCUCUAGUCUGUGCGCCUUGUCUAACAAUGUUCAUAAAGAACAUCGGUGUCAUCUUUGAUGCAGAAUUAUCUUUUGAUACUCAGGUGACUAAAGUGGUGCAGUCAUGCUUUGUCCAUCUGAGACAGCUAAUAAAGAUCAGGUCAUUCCUGUCCUCUGCAGACUUAGAAAAGGUCAUCCAUGCUUUUAUCUCUUCCAGACUUGACUACUGUAACGCACUUUACUCUGGUAUCAGCAGGCGAAACAUUCACAGACUGCAGCUGAUGCAAAAUGCUGCUGCUAGGUUUUUAACACGUACUAAGAGAUGUGAUCACAUUACUCCAAUCCUUGCUGCUCUUCACUGGUUACCUGUGAGUUUUACAACUGAUUUUAAGAUUUAACUGCUUGUUUUUAAAGCCCUGAAUGGUCAGGCUCCUGCCUAUAUUUGUGAUGUACUGACCAGAGAUCCUCCAGCAGGGCCCUCCUAAUGGUUCCAAAAUCUCAACUUGUCUCUAAAGGGGACCGGGCCUUUUGCUGUUCGUGCCCCUCAGUAUCCUCUUUUAAAUCCCUUCUUAAAACUCACUUUUAUCUUAUGGCUUUUUCUUAAUUGUUGGUAUUGUUGUAAUUAUUUAAAUUAUUCUGUGUUCUAUCUUUGUCUGGGUUUUUAACUCAUUAUGUUAUCUGUUUUAUUGUAAAGCACUUUGUUUUUGAAAAGUGCUAUAUAAAUAAAGUUAAUAUUAUUACUAUUAUCAGGAAGCACUGCAGAGGCCUGAUAACGACCCGUUUAUUUGAUUCAGGUGUGUUAGAGAAGGGGAACAUCCAGGGACAGUGGUUCACCAGGACCAGGAAUGAGAAACCCUGUAGAAGAUCCUGGUUAAAGCUGCAGUAGGCAACAUAUAUUUGUCAUUAUAAUAAUUUCUUAGAAACUAUCUUAUAAAUCUGCUGUAAAGUUCUUUAAAACGUGGGAAAAAAAAUAACACAUAAAAAAAGUUUGUUAUGGAGGAAGUUUUUACUCACACACCAAUCUGUGACAGUGAAUUUAACUUCUGUUAACUUCGUUUUAGCUUGAUACUGGUAAUUAUACCUCAAUGUGAGCUGUUGUAAUGAAAACAAGGCAAGAUGGUUUGUCUUAAAAUUAGACUAUUUGUCUUGGGCUUGUUUAUGCUGCAAAGAAACUUAAAGAAAUCUGAGAAAAACGAUAUAAAAGAGAGUCAGAGUAAAGGGUAAAGGGGGGCCUCAAAUUGAGCCUUGAGGAACUCCACAAUUCAGCUUUCACAGAAAAGAGAAGGAAAGACAAUGAACAUAAACAAAAGCAUUGUCAGUAUGGGCAAAGCUGUAACAAUUGCCACAGGAGUCAUUGAUCCAGUGCUGCUAAAAUGUUCAAAUAUCUUAUUUUGUCAGUUUGGCAUUAAAAAACCUUGGUUUAGAUUGACCUCAGGGACACAAAAUGACCACACGAGGCAGCAGUAGACCAGCAGCUCCUGUGUCCCCUCGAGCUCACUAUCACUGAUUUUCUCUAUAAGCUUUGGUGUGGGAGAGUGAGUGGUUUACAAACGUCAGUUUCCUGUCAAAAAUAUCCGUCUAACAGUGAGAGAAACUGACCAAAAUGUUCCCAUGAGUCCACAUAGACUUAAGACUGAUGUAGACUUCAAAGCAGAACUGAAACAACAACACGUACCUCACUGGAGAAAAAAGUCUCAAAUUGUAGCUGAGAUUAAAAUUUACAAACCAUGUGAAGGAAGAAGAAGAAGAAGAAGAAGAAGAAGAAGAAGAAGAAAGAUGCAAAGUUUAAAAAACAAUCACAUUUCUCAUGGCUCAUGACCCACUUACCUCAAUACUGCAAUGCUGCUCCCACCAGCAGGUGGUGCCCUCGUGCAACAUAUAUGCACAUGUACAGUGACUUUAAUGUCGUGUUUAUUCUCUAUAUCACACUGUUGCUAUAUUAAAGUGGGUGUAAAACAGAUUUUUAUGAAUGUAAAUUAGGAUUCUUGUAAUAAUCCAGCAGGUCUUUUUUACAGAUUAAAUGUCAUAUAUGCUUUUUUAGGUCAUUCUUCUACGUUCAUGUCAUAUUUAACAUAAAUUAAUCUGUGUAAAUGUUGUUGAUCCUGUCAUAAAUUCAAAGUUUUUUUUUUGUCAUAUGUUUAAAAACUUUUAGUUUUUUUAACAUUGUGUUUGACAAAUAAACCGAAAAGUUACUAAAUCAUUCAAUUUAUUAUUUA